GACAAAAGGUUGCAACUCGGUCAUUACAAUUCUCACUUAAAUCAAUGAAUUAUUCUCAAGGGUUUUGGUAGUUAGCCUGUAAUACUGCAACUCCUGCACUAGUUUAGUGUAGCUUCUGAGUUUAGGAUCUGGGGUCUGAAAAUCUUCCAUAGAUUCUUUAGAUCCUUAUGCUCUUGGGUUUCUUUCUUCUCCAAGUAUAUAAGACCAUGUAUGCUAGUAGUAGAAGUAGAAAUAUGCUCAUGGGUUCUUGAUUGGUGCAGGGCUAGCCUGACAAUGUCCUUCCACACCCAAAAUCGUCCUACUCUUCUUCUCGGUGUUCCAAGCGAAAACCGAACCCAAAACAGAACCAAAUCAAGCCCAUCUCUAGCUGUACAAGUAUCCUCAGUCCUACAAACUAAUGGAAAAAGUGGAAGUGGGAAUGGAAAUCUAUCUGAUCAGUCUAAGAAAGGCAUGGCUCUGAAAAAGUGUCAAGUCCCCAAUUUUGUACUAAGCCAACCAAACACUGUGGGCAUCAUUGGAGGAGUGUCUGUAUAUUCUAGCCUGCUUUUCUUGGAGAAGCUUGUUUGGUGGAGUCUGAAAGAUGGAGGUGAAUGCCCACCUUUUCUUGUGUGCAGUGAUACAACACAAUAUAAAGAGCUUCCGAUUCGCAGUUUGUUUCAAUCACUCAAGAGAAAAGCUACUGAGAUCAAAUAUCCAAGCAGCAAUUGGGCCAUCGUUGACAGCUUGUGUCAAAAAAGGGCAUUUCUCGAGAACUCUGGAGCUCAAUGCAUAGUCAUGCCAUGCCAUCUGUCUCAUGCUUGGCAUGAACAGAUUUCUGAGGACUGUUCUUUGAGUUUCCUUCAUGUUGGUGAGUGUGUUGCUAGAGAGCUCAGAGAAGCGAAGAUGAGGCCACUCGAAACUGGGAGUAAUGUGAGGAUUGGGGUGCUUGCUGCUUAUGCAACUUUAACAGCUGGUUUUUACCAGCAGAAGCUAAGAAAUCAGGACUUUGAGGUGGUUGUACCAGACAAAGCGACGAUGGAACAUGUUGUGACUCCUGCAAUCGAGGCAUUGAAGAGAAGAGACCUGGAAGGGGCACGAAAUCUGUUAAGAAUCGCAGUGCAGAUUCUGUUGGUGAGGGGUGUGAACAUCGUCAUCAUUGCUUCUGAUGAAUUGCAGGGUAUUCUGCCUCAUGAUGAUCCUCUUCUGAAGAAAUGUAUUGAUCCCAUGGAUGCUUUGGCCAGGUCAACCAUAAAAUGGGCAAAGGCCACAGGAAAUGGUGGAUGAAGAGAGCUCAUCGCGCAGCAGACCCAAAUAAGAUGUACAAAAUCUUGCUGUCAUUGGUGAAGGCUUUGUGUUUAUAAACCAAGGUACUUUUCUAAACAGAAGCAUUAAGAUCUUGAGAUGAGACUCGAGGCAUAUAAAGAAGGAAGGACCUAAAAAGCAACACACCUGAAGUCGAUCAAGAUUCAAUGACAAGCAGUCGUGUUAUUCUGUGUUUAUACACUAGGAUUAUAUUAUGCUUUGUCUAGCUUGCCUGCUCAUUCAUUGAAAUUUACAAAUCAAUUUCAAAUUUAUAAAAUUAGUAUUAUAAGUAAA